AUGAUGGAUCUUCCCGGUCCUCCACGCGAAAUCGCCAUCGUUGGUGCAGGCAUUGCCGGUAUUGCCUGUGCGCUUGCUCUGUCCCGAGAGCUCUCACCAUUCGUGCCAAACCUCAAUAUCACAAUCUAUGAGCGACAUGACAUCUUGUCCACCUCGGGCGGUGCAAUCAAUUUGACUCCUGUCGCACAACGGCACCUAGCACAGCUAGGAGUCCUGGAUGAGCUAGACCGCAUGGGUUCGGAGGGUGGGGCCGAAGUGGAUGCUAUUGAACUUUUUUCAAUGCGCUCGGGUCGCUCAAUUGGCUCAAUUGACUUUGUUGAUCACAAUGGAAACGGCUUUGGCGGGUAUAAGGGCCGACGUGUUAUGCGAAUCAUUCUUUCCGUGGCCAUGAUGACGGUGGUCGACAGGACUCCAAAUGUCAAUAUCAUCUUUGGCAAGAAAGUGAUUGGCGGGGAGGAAAUUAGCGACAAGGCCAUCAUUCAUUUCAGUGAUCAGUCAGAAGUCAUCGCAGACCUCGUCAUUGGUUGUGAUGGUGUUCACUCCGCCGUUCGCACCCGCUGGGUUGAUCCCGACAGCGCCUCUCAAUAUACGGGCAUGUCUUUCUUGCAAGCUACUAUCCCGGCAAACACCCUCUCCACCCCACCGCAUUUCCGGUCAUCUGCGUUGAAUGUCUCACGUCAUGGCUCGAUGUUGACAAGCUUCUGUGACCGUGAUCGUGAGCAAAUCUUUGCAGCUGCGGUCGUUCAAUUUGAUCAAGCAGACUUGGGCUUCCAUCGCCUUGAGCCGGGCCAAGACUGGGCGACAAAGGAUCGAAUUCGUCGGGAUUUGCGCUGCGAGAUGCGAUCCCGGUUCUCCAAAUCAGCUCUGCCCUGUAUUCGAGAGAUGGUGGAGACUAAAGCGGAUUGGAUGCUUUAUCCGGUCUAUCAAGUUCGACCAGGAGGACGAUGGUGUAUGAACCGUGUUAUACUACUUGGCGAUGCAGCACAUGCGAUGCCCCCUCGGGACGAGUCAGCAGCAUAUGCUUUGGAUGAUGCUAUUCUCUUUGCUCGUAUCCUGGCACGUUACCGCUCGGAGCCUCUAACAGAAGUCUUCGAUGCGUACGAGCGACUCCGUCGAGAAACGAUCAACCGUGCAUUCAAAGAAUCCCGCCGUAUGUGGGACAGGAAUCGCGACAUGGGCUUUCUGGAAGGCCGACUCAAAGAGUGGAUGAUGCCCUUCCAGAUUCGAAGUCACCGCGAUGAACGAGAAAGUGCGUGGGAGUUUGACGCUACUAAGAUUCUGCUUCCGACGCCAACUCCAAGCGAGGAUUUGGUGUCCUUGAAUUCAUUCUUGAAGGAAGGUACAACAUGA